CCGACUUGCCAGCGGUGACAAGACUUCAGAACCAACGACAGGUCCAACCCGCCGCCUGGCCAACAUGCUCAAAGUGAGCCACAUCUGGACUGCGCUCGUCACAUGAAGCUCUGCUCGCUGGCUGGUAGUUGUCACGCGGCUUGUGGAGAAGAGAGCCGCAGAUAUAUCUGCCGAGAGACAUCCAGUGCUACAACCAGGAAAUAUCAAACAUGCUGCACCCGCUUCGAGAAGACUUGACAGCAAUCAACCUCCAGACUCUGUGAACCUCUGCUCGUCUCGGCGUCCGCCAGCUGAAGCCUGAUACCUGAUCCUGCCAUGCUGGGUGGAGUGCUCUGCCCCAGGUUCUCGGCUAACUAUGCCCAUUAUUGGCCUUUACUCAUGCUCCUGCUGCAGCUGCUGAUACCGGGAGUCCUGCCCAACAUCUCCAGAUUACCACCGGCGACCAAACGUGAGAUCAUCAUGGACGGGGACUUGGUGAUUGGAGGCUUGUUCCCGGUACACCAUAAAGGUGAGGGGAUGGAGGACUGUGGUAAGAUCAACAAGGAGAGAGGGAUCCAGAGACUGGAAGCCAUGCUGCUGGCACUUGAUGAGAUUAACGCGAGCGACCGCAUCCUUCCCGGCCUCCAGCUGGGGGCCCACAUUCUGGACACUUGCUCGAAGGACACAUAUGCACUGGAGCAGUCCCUAGAAUUUGUCAGGGCCUCCCUCACCAAGGUACACGAUCCAGGCUUCAUCUGCCCUGAUGGCUCCAGACCCGUUCAAAAUGAGGUUCCACUUGUCAUCUCUGGGGUCAUUGGAGGAUCAUACAGUGACGUUUCCAUUCAGGUAAAUUAUCAAAUUAAUUCAUCUCUCAAGAAAUAUCCACAACAUUUCACUCACCUUAACCAUAGUUGCAAAUGCAGAGAUUAUGCGUAAAGAAAGACUUUGAAUAACCUUGUCAUUGGACAUUUGCAGAAUCCAUUGAGCAUGCUAAAUGACUUACACAUGUUCUGUAAUUACACCAUUUGGUGGGACCAGGCUGGUCAAUAAAGCUGGACUUUCUUUGUUUUGAUUUGAGCUUCAUAG